GAAGGUGGGGAGUCAGCGAGCGAAGAGAAUUGACAUUCGAGGUCAUUUCCUCUUCGGACAAAUGAGACAAAGCUGCAAAUUUCACGUCUAAACCGAGCAAAGGAACAAUGGAAAGGAAAAUGAAGAAGACGUUUAUUUGCAACGAGUCAAUGAUCAUCACCAUCCCAAUCGGAAGCCUGAAGAACAUUCGGGAGGGUCAGCUGAUGCCGGAGAACUUCCACUGUGUGUUCAGGGACAACUUCAAGGUGUUUGUCGUUCGAGGGAAGCCAAAACCUCUGGGGGCAGCUCAAGCAAUUGCUGGUGUGUUUAUUUUCGCUCUUGGGUGGAUUUUGCCAUCAAUGGGGAUCUACAAUUUCACUCUUCCAAGUGUUUUGUUCUUGAUCUCUGGCAUGGUGUCCUUUGCUGCAGGGAAAUGUCCAAACAUGCAUGUGACCAAGCUGUCAUUCUCCCUGAACAUCUUCAGCUUCUUCUGGUCACUGGUGGCUUUUGGUUUCUGCGUGAACAUCUUUAAUUCACGUCAUCCAUUUGACCCGCACGUGUUUAAUUCACCUCCUCAACUUGACCCGCAUCAUUGGAGGAUAGCUUAUGGAAUUAUUGGCCUGGUUAUAACUCUGCUGGUGUUUGAAUGCAUGAUGGCGCUCUUCUUGAUCUACUGGCUGAGUAAAGCUGUGUGCAGAGAACAUUUCAACACCUUGCCCAUCAUACUGCUGAAGCAGGAGGACUGAAUGACGAACACAGAGCAGAACCAGAAAUAAUCAACUCCUGUGUACGUUUUUAUUUUGCUGCCUUAAACUUUCUUUGUUUCUUUGUUUUUUUGUUGCUCAAAGGCAAAUAACAGGAAAGUCUGUUUAAAAGAAGAUAAGGUGUAUUCCAAUACAUCACUGCUAAUAAUCGCAGUACGCUUUAGAAAGCAUGCUUCUGUAAAGUUCCUUUUGUAUUUCAAUUCAUGGGGUAAAAUUAUGGAACAAGUUAAAUGAGGAGUUAAAGUCAAAAUUUAAUACAAUGUAAAAGGAAAAAUAUAAGGAGGUUAUUUUCACAAGAUAUAGAAAUAUGGGUGACAGUUAGCAGAAUGUGUAUAUGUAAACUGAGGCUAACGCAUUUGAGUGUGUGUGGGUGUAUGGAUGUAUAUAUUUGAUCAUAUGUAUAUCCAGAAAAAAUGGAAAAUGAAUUAACCUACGUUUACUUUUUUUAAAUGUCUUUUAUUUGAUUUUAUAAUGAGGGUGAUUUUAUAAUGUGUUAUGAGUUUGUGGGGUAAGAGUUCAAGUUUCUUACUUCUUCCUACAACUUUUUGAGCAUGUUAAGAUUAUCGUGGUGCAAAAAUGUAUGUAUCUUUUGCAUUCCUUGUUCUUGUGUGUGAUUUUAUACUUCUAUCAGGUUUGAAAUAAAUAAUUUUCACUUA